AGCCAGAAGGAAGGAGAGAGGGGAAGAGAGAGUGAGACAACCAGAGGGAGAGACAACCUAAAAUACAGCCUGUGAGACAGAUGCAGCUGGAGAGAGACAGUGAGAUACAGCCAGAGUGUGCCAGUGUGUGAUACAACCAGAAAAGGAGAGAAUUGUUUGUCUGAAAGUGUGAGAUACAACCAGAGAGAGUGAGAGCAUAUGUGUGUGAGAUACAAAGAAUGAGUGUUACAUAUAUAAGUUACAUAUAUAUGUGAGAGAGAGAUGCUGUGGAGCAACUGAAAUACAGUGUGAGAGAGGAACUGAGAGACAGAGGUUGAAAUAUCGUGUGUGAGGGAGACUGGGAUACACAGUUAGACUCUGGACAGGGGACAGGAACUAAGGAAGACACAUUAAGCCUAAAGCUGUGAAACGGCACCAUGAAAGUAGUUGCUUUGAUCAGUGGUGGGAAGGACAGUUGUUACAAUAUGAUGCAGUGUGUGGCAGCUGGGCACGAGGUUGUGGCAUUGGCUAAUUUAAAACCUGUUGAUCAUAAAGAUGAGCUUGACAGUUACAUGUACCAGACGGUGGGUCACCAGACGAUAGACCUGUACUCUGAAGCUAUCGGCCUCCCACUAUACCGUCACACAAUCCAGGGUAGCAGCCUAGCAAUUGGAAGAGAAUAUACCAAAUGUGAAGGAGAUGAAGUGGAAGAUCUCUACUAUUUACUGAAGCAAGUUAAGGAGAAGGAAGGAGUCGAAGGAGUUUCAGUCGGUGCUAUUCUUUCUGACUACCAGCGUGUCAGGGUAGAGCAUGUGUGCAGGCGACUUAAUCUCCAGUCCUUAGCUUACCUCUGGCGUCGAAACCAGGAAGAUUUGCUGCGAGAAAUUAUAUUGUCUAAUGUUCAAGCUAUGAUAAUCAAAGUAGCAGCUUUUGGUCUGGAUCCAGAGAAACAUCUUGGAAAAACAUUGGAACAAUUGGAGCCAUAUCUCAUUCAGAUUUCUCAGAAGUAUGGAGUUCAUGUAUGUGGAGAAGGUGGGGAGUAUGAAACGUUUACUCUGGACUGCCCUUUGUUCAAGAAGAGAAUAGUUGUUGAUUCCUCAGAAGUAGUUAUCCAUUCAGCUGACGCGUUCGCACCUGUGGGGUAUCUUAGGUUUUUGAGCGUACAUCUGGAGAAUAAACCGAACCAGGUGACUGUAGGCAUAUUGCAUAGUAAAAUGGGUUCUUGCUCAUUUUGCUGUGACAUGGAGAACAAUAUAGAAACUGAACUUAGUGGAGAGCAUUCAAAUCUACAGGUCAUGUGGAAUCCAACCUCUCAUAGUCCAUCUGAAACUGAGGAGUUAAAUUAUUGGUCUGGGAAGACGAAAAGUGGAUACCAGUGGAUUAAUGGGAUUCAUGGGGCUUUUUCUCCUGCAGAUGGGAAGAACAUUGAUAAUGUGACAAAUGAAGCAUUUUUCCUACUGCAGGCUCAAUUGGAAACAAAAGGAUACAUGUUAACGGAUAUUGUUCUGGUUCACCUCUAUGUGCAAAGUAUGAGUGAUUUUGCUGCUAUAAACGUAGUCUACCAGUCUUACUUCAACUUAAAUCCGCCUGCAAGGGUUUGUGUAGAAGCUUCGUUACCUGAUGGUGUAUUACUUCAGCUUGAUUGCCUUGUACAUAAAAAUGAGUUAACCACACAUGAGCCAUUCAAAGAGCAAAAGGAAGUGAUGCACGUUCAGAGCAUUUCACAUUGGGCACCUGCUAAUAUUGGACCCUACAGUCAGUCAGUCAAGAUUGCAAAUGUGAUAUUCUGUGCUGGUCAGAUUGGAUUAGUUCCAUGCACCAUGCAGCUGGUCAAAGGAGUUCGAUCUCAAGCUAUAGUUUCUCUCAACCAUAUUCAGAAAGUUCUAGAAGCUAUGAAGAGUGGAACAAACUUGAGCAAUAUCAUCCUGGCAAACUGUUAUGUCACAGACAAGAAAUAUGUUUCUGUUGUGCAGAACAUCUGGCAGAAGACCAUAAAAGAAAAUAUUAAAGAGGAGAAUAUGUAUGGUCAGUCAAAGGCUGUCUUUGGACCUUUGAUCGUGGCAGUGGUGUCUCACCUCCCAAAAGACGCAGCAGUAGAGUGGCAUGUUGUAGCCCUAACUGAUGACCCCUGCAAGCGGAAAUCAUUAAGCAUGAAUCAGACACUGGAUGAUUGUAAAAUUGACUGUGAAGUAGUAGAGUCAAGCUUCUUGUCAAGUGCUGCUAUCUCAUUGACCCUGAGCCUUCUCUUGCCAUCAGUAACUUCUUUGCACCUUAACAUUGUGAUGAAAGAACUCGCUACUAUGUUGCAGCAAGCUCUGGAUAAGCUCCCCCAAGAUAUCAUCCAAACUCCACUGUGUUUCAGAACGUUCUACCAGAAAGAUGCCAUAGAUGCUAAUUCAAUGCAAAUAGAGUUCAGGAGAUGUCUGGAAGAACUGAUGGGUUCAAAGUUCCCACCUCUUAUUUUGGUACCUGUGGCAGACCUGCCUGGCCUGGAAAUACUGCACAUCGCUUGUUGGUUAAGCAUCUAAGAAUUAAAGACAGGAUGGAGAAUAAGUACUAGCCAGCUACUGUGAAUCAAUUUCCUCCCUUUUUAAAAAAGAAAACCAAAGAAGUUCCCCACCUGUGUUUAUCCUAGCAGAUCCAACAGCAUGCAUCUGCAAUCACUUCAAAUAACAUUUCUGUCAACACUUCUGUCUACCUAGUAACAAUGGCCUUCUUAUUUCCAGCCAAAGUUCACUGUUGCAUUUAUUGGCAACUGAUAAAAGGAGAAAAAAGUGUUAUGUAUUAUUGGCUUUACUGUUGUGUCUAAAGACUGCUCUGUAAAAUUUGGCAAAGAAAAGACAAUCAUUCUUUAUAUCUUGUGGAUAGAGCACAAGUAUAAAUUAAUUUUAUAAUUUGGAACCAUUUUCUAUAAGGUUUUCUUGUUGACCCACAAAUAAGAAGACUAUGUUAUUGCCAUCGACCAGUAUUGCAUGCUUAGCAUUUUAAGUCCUGCAUAAUAAUUGAUGAAAAAUAUACUUCAGUAACUCGUAAAGGGUGGUAAAUGUCCUUUGUCUCCUCCUGAAAUGCGAAAAAAAGCAGUUUGUAAAACUCAGUUUGCAUGAUGAGUAAUUUUGUCCUGGACUUAAAAGUGUUAAAAAAACUGUAGAACCUCUCAGAAAAAAAUCAUUUUUAUUGGUUUUGCAUAGGUUAAGCAACUUACGAUUUUCAAGGAAAUCGAGAAUAUCCCACCAGUAAGGUUGAAUUAUGUGUAAUUUUUUAUGAGUAUGAAGUACCCGUGUGAUAGUACUUUGAAGAAAUAAAAGAAUGGCUUCAAACCACUAUUACCAAUAACAUAGUCUCCUUAUUCUCCUGUGUGCAUUCCUUGCUUAAUGUUUUCUUUCCACAUGUGUACUUUUUAAAUCCAAUUUUCUUCUGCACGCAUUCCAACUAAGAGUGGAAGGCAACCAUGACCACAGACUCUCAAUGAGUGUUCCUUGAUCAGCCAACAAGUGUAAUUUAAUUUACAGCAAAUUGGAUUGUGUCAAUUACUUCAUUCUGCCCCGCCCAGUAUCAUUGGCAAAUAAUGCAUUUCACCCUUCCCAACAUGCAAUGAUCUUCUCAGACUAAUAAGACUCAAAGGAUGUCCCAAUUCGCAAAUGCAAUUAGUAGUGCUUAUGAAUUGGCCACUAGGUUUCUUCCAUCUCUCUCAUUGGCUUUCAUUUCUUGAAGCCGAGCCUGACAACUUGAACGGUUGUCAAUUUGUCAACUGAUAAAGGCUUGUGUCAUUGAUUGCCAGUUAAGGCUGAAAUUCAAAUCCACCAACCCCUCCCCAUAUUUAAUGUAAUGUUUUUAUGGAAAUGGUUCUCAAUUUGUGUAGUGAGUGUCAUUGUCCAGUGACAUGUUUGCAUCUGUUCUCAUAAUAUUACCACAGAACUGUGGUCACACUUACAGAUGUGUUUUCACUAUUGCGAGACAGUGUUCUUCCUUUCUGUUUUGAUCAUGCCCGUGGGAUAAAUCUUCUUGCUUGUAAAUAAAGUACAUAUCCAAUGAUGUAAACCCAUUAGUGGUUAAGAGAUGCAUGAUGUCAGGAAACCAGAUUCAUUUUUGGCAGCGUAUUGUGGGCAUGAGCAAGUGUGGCAGUAGUAGCUCAUGGAACUGAAUGUCUGCUUAUACAAUUCUUACCAUUCUAAGGUAAUGUGUGGAAUAUAUGUAUGUAUAUUUUAAACAGUUGUCAAUAAGGAAUAUAAAAUAUAGCAAGCAAAUAGAACUAUUUGCUUGCCAUAUUUUAUAUAAAAGUACUACUGCAGUCUAGCCUUAUGAAGAGAAUGGAGAUACACCAAUGAUCAACUUUAAACAAAUGUAACCAAUUGAGUGGAAGUGCUUCAGGUAUAUACAUGGUUUG